GACCAUAUAAUUUUUUCAUAGGCGCUCAAAGUAAAUGCAGCACUGGGCAAAUGUCAGUAUUUGACAUUCUCGCAAUCGGAAGAUGUAUAUUUUCCACUUUUGUUCGCCACUUUUAGCGAAUUUCUCGAUUUAUGUGUGUGUUAAGAGGAAAAUCGAAACGAAUUUAAUGGCAGCUAUAAAAUCUUCGUAAAGUUAGCACAAUAAAGUUAUUUCAAACUUAGUAAGAAGUGAUUUAAGGGUUCUGCAAAAGUGAAAAUUUUUAAUAUUUUCUCUAACCUGAACCCAAAGCAUCUAAUUGGAGAAUUUGUUAGAUUUGCAUUUUGUAUUGAGCUUUGCUUAAGCCACAACUUGAUACUUGACAUAAUUUUGCACAAGGAGGGAUAGUAGCAAUAUUUGUUGAAGCGGUGGAGGAGCUGAAGCAGCACCAGCCGCGAAGGCAGGAACGACUUUCAUAUAAACGGCAGCGAUCUAAGAUUAUGGAUCACAAGAAAUCUCCAGUAAGAAGACAGAAGCGACAAUCCAAAGCGAUCGAGGAGAAUUUCUGGGACUGCAGCGUCUGUACAUACAGGAAUACAGCUGAGGCAUUUAAAUGUCGUAUGUGCGACGUGCGGAAAGGAACUUCCACUCGUAAGCCACGACUAAACUCAGCACUCGUCGCUCAACAAGCUGCCACCUUACCCGGCGCAUCAGGCACAAUGCCAAACGGUACGAAAUCGGCCUCAGGCUCACGGCACGGUGCUGGACAUGAUAAGAACAAGCAUAAAAAGUACCCGGCCCGUUUGAAGAACGUAGAUCGCUCGACGGCACAAACGCGCGAAGUCACUGUGAACUCGGUGACAGUGUUCAUUACAGAAUAUAAACCCAAACCGGUGGGCAGCCGACGUGAGUCCAGUGAACAAAGCUUUAGCGAAAGCAAUGAUUCACGGAGUUAAAUUUUGUACUCGAGCACACCGAAACGGCAAACAAUUAAAUUCAAAUAGUAAUGAUAACAUUUAAUUCAAUAAGUUUAUGAGGAUUGACACAGUAAUUGUAACUAGGACAAACACGGUUUUAGCUAAUCAAGGAUAUAUACAUAAAUAUUUGUAGGAUAGUGUGAGGAGUUUUUUGUAAAUGCGAUUUGCUGAACGUUGCUGGGCACAUUUAGCCACUAUUGGCACGUGCCGGGAAGUCGGAGUAUGACUCAGUUUAUUGUAAUAUUUUGUACGCCAACAAAUUUCGUUUGAUUAUUUGCUAGUGCAACAUAUAAAAUAAUUACUGUAGCACAGACUAUGAGGGCCAACCUCUACGAAAACGCGCGUAAAUCUGUGCAGGAACACUGCCUUCAGUUCUCAGACUAGAAGUUAUAGCCAAGACAUUUUUACACACUCAAAUAGUAAUGUCCUUAAAUAAAUAAUGUUAAAAGGCAAACAAAAUAAAAAGAAAAGAAAAAAUAGCAAUUAAGUACAGCGACCAAUACAUGAAGGCAAAAAAUAAUAAUAAACAAUUAGUUACACAACCACAAGAAGUUUGAACUACUCAUCAACCUCCAAUUAACUGCACUAUUGCACUUAUAUAAAACAAAUUUACUCGUUGUCUAUAUGUUUGCAGUUCCAAGUGUAUUACAAUGUAUAUGUUAUUGGAAAUAAGCCACUAAGCUUUGUUACUACUGUUUUUUGUUUAUAUUUUAACUGUAUUAUUGUAAAGUUAGAGGAUAGUUUUUAAAUAAUCGAAAUUCUAUAAGAAAACAAAACGAAUAUUCCACAAGCGUAUUUUAAUUUGUUUAGUAUUUAGUUCACAAACCUGUGAAAAAUCAAUGUAAAUUGCAUGCAUAAGUAAAUGGUCUAACAAUUAUGUAACACUAAGUCGUUACAACAUAGCUAAACUAAACAGUUAUCAGAGUACUUGUGCAUAUUUGUGCGACUAUUGUAAAUAAUAUAAGCAUAUACUGGAUUUGUUUAAUUUUAUUGUAAUAAUUAAGUUGUAAUUAAUGUUGAAAUUUUAAAAUCAUCGACUAUGUGCAAAAGCUGAGAAACUUAACUAUUUGUUAAACGGAUACAUUGUGUUUCUAAUGCAACAAAUAAUUUCAAUUAUUUAUAUACAUAAUAACAAAAAUUCCGUAAGAUAAUGAUAAAAAUAUAGUCUAAUUUUAUUAAAAUAAAAUCUAAAUAAGUUUACAACAAAUUAUCUGAAAUAAAAUAGUUGUCAUUUGAAACGAAACAUUUUUCGAAAAUGAAAAAAAAAAGUGUUGGAAAUAUUGAAAUUAUACAUAUGUUAUUCAAAUUUAAUUGUUCCAAAACGCUUUUCUCAACUGAUUUCAGGCAUAUUUCAAUUAUAUUAGGAUGUAUCGAUAGCCCAAAAAGAACAAUUUAUCCAGUGUUGGAACUCAUAAUGUCAGAAUCAGCCGUUUUUUUAAAUUUUUUUUAUUGUUUUCAUGAUUCAAAAAUACAUUUUCCAAAGAUUUCAACCACUGAAAUUUUUUUUAAAUUGAUAACUGAAUGCGAAUAGAUUGUAACACAAAAUCAUCAAAAUGUUAACAUGAAAUUCAUGAGAAAAACGAAAAUAAAGUUUUUUUUACAUUAUGGAUUAGAAUUUUCUUGUAAGAGGAAGCACACCUCGAAGUUACACAACCUGUAGAUAAUUGAAUCAUGGUUCAUAAUUAUGUAUUAUUAAAUUUUAAUUGUUCAAAACCACUUUUCUUAACUUCCUUGAGUUUAAGUAAUAUAACUGUCUAAAAUUUAAAAAUACCUAAACACUACAAUCAAAAAAAUAAAUUCGCUUACUAAGUUUCAUAUAUUUCAACAGUUUGGAAAUGACCAGCUGAUUCCUUCUAACACGAUUUCGGCGAUUGCCAUUUGCAGACAUAAGUAUAUAAAUAUACCCAUACAUGCACGUGCGUUCAUUUAGAAGCAAUCGAACAAAGCGUAAUUAUCGAGCUAACUGAGAAAUAGCGUAAAUAUUUUCGUUCACAUAAAAAAGACUGAUUAUUCAUACAUAUGUAAUGCAGAUGUGAAUACUUAACUUUUCUGUUUAAGGCAUUGUUAUGUAACCUAUGUAUAUGCGUCGAGCUUCUAGAGGAUUAUUAUUUUUAUUUCAUAAAAUUAAAAAUUAAGUUUAAAAUAUUUUACAGUAUGCGAUUAUAUAAAUUUUGUAUUAAAUCUUAUUAGUAUUAUUAUUUCGUCACAGUGAUUGCAAAGCGAAUACAUGUUAUAUAUACUAGUUUAUUAAUGCAUACAACAUAUACAUAUAAUUUGAAAAAAUUGUAACUAAUUUUUUUUUUUUUAAUUUAAACAGUUAUCCCUUUAAAUAAGCGUUAAGUUAUUAGUAUUUAAGUUGACUAUUUUCAUUUGUAGCCGUAAUUUGCUUAACAAGCAUAUGCUGUACGUGUAAGUGCAUAUAUAUGCGCGCAUGCGUAAAUAAAUUCGUUUGUUUAGUUGAAAAUUUUGUGUUGCCCAAUAAAUAAGACGUCAGCAGUCGCCCUUGUUGAGCUUAAAGUUACCCCAA